CACAAUAAAAGCUGAACACUGAUCAUCAGAUAUUCAGAUUCUCUCAACACGACUCACCUGUGAUGAUCUGAACCAGGUUGGAGCAGCAGCUGGACUUUAGUUACUGAGCCGAGCUGAUGGGGAAUCAGAACACAUGUAACCCAGAAACCAGUCAGACUGGAGACAAGAAGACUGAGAUGGAGAAAGAACUGGAUGAAUUUCUAAGGUAUCAUCUGAGAUUCUCACACAUUAUGAUGUUGGAACACAUUAUGAUGAUGGGACCUGAAAGGAUGACAUUAAUGAAGACAUUAAAUCAACCACUGAUAAAUUGUGCAACAGAAAAGUGUCAGGAUGAAACUGUUCGUCAGUGGCUGAGACAGAACUCAGAGUCUGAUACUUUCAUCAAACUCAAGGACAUGUUUCAUUUCCUGAAAAAACACAUUGAUGAAGAAGAGAAGAAGAACCACAGUGACAGUGUGGACAUCACCUUUUUGGCUCAUGGAUCGAUCAGAGGCUCCAUGAUCCCAGCCAGCUGUCUGCUGCCUCUGUCCACCAUCACAGACGUGCUCCUCUAUUCUCCCUGGAACUGCGCCAUUUAUGCUGGUGCAGCAUACGGCAUUGCUACAGGACUCAUGAAACCUCAGCACAGAGUUUUUCUCUGUGGGAAAAAAGACCACUGUCAAAUUCCCAAUGAAAAACAUUGUCCCAUCAAACUGCCCAACCACUGGAACUCAAUGAGAAGAGCUGGAGAUCAGAUGAUUCCUAACAUCAUGCUUAGUCCUUUAAAACCACCAAAGGACAGCUACUGGAGAAGCUUUGAGGCUCUUACAAAGACACAUGGUCCACCAGGAAGAAACCGGAUCAUCAUCCCGUUCAUCGUCCCAGGAGAGACAAGUGUCCCCUUCUCUGUGGUCACUUUGGCUCUGUCUCUGGUCCUCCUCUCCUCCAGGUUUAAAGCCACCGUCCACCUCGCUGCCUGUCUGAGUGAUGGAUCUGUUGGACAGAAGUUUGACAGGAAGUAUCUGGAGGAGCAGUACGUCUGCACCAUCGACAACACUGUGAUGACAGCUUCAGACGACAUGUUCAGCAGGAAGUUUGGUUAAACAUUGUCCACGUGUUUGAAACCACUUCAGGGUCAAAACUGAACAAACCAGAGUCAGAGAGCAUCAAACCGUAAAUUAAGAAGCUUUUCAAGUUUUAUUUUCUGUAUUUACUUUACAGACCCAUGAUCCACAGGUAUGUGAUAUAUGAAACCCAGACUGUAGGAAUCCUAUCCAUAAUGUUGUCAGACACACUCUGAGUCUGUCAGUGGUAAAAACAAGAACUUCAGUGGACGGACUUUGACGUGGAUGAUUGUCCAUUGGAUUACAUUACAGCAGCUGUUGGUGGAGGCUGGGUUCACUGUUCUUGAUCAGAACUGCACCGUGGCUUUAAAAGGACAUUUCUGGGUUCAGCUGUCCAGUUCAGUCGAGUUUAGAAAAACCUGCAUAAAGUAGCAAAGAUGAUUAAGAUGAAAAUCUUCAUGUUCAAUACUGAAAAAUCUAUGUUGUGCUGGGUGUUUUGAUUUUUACUGCAGAAAUCUCAGCAGAGCAUUUUUAUAGUCUCUGUUCUACCUGUUAUUGUUUCUCUAAAGUAACUUUUGUUUUUUUGUCCAAAUCAUAUAAUGUUUGAACAUUUGCUCUGACAUAAACUUCCUGACCUGUAGAUGGCAGCAGGAUGAAGACAGAGUGGAAAUAUGGAAAAAGAAAUGUAAAAAUUAAUGGAUACUUUUAUUUAUUUAGGACAAAAUCAUUAAGCUUCAAUAAAGGUUAAAUAAAAAUGA